AUGCAACAGUCAGGUCUUGAGAGCUUGGGAUGCUACGACUCGCUCUCUCAGCUACGACAAAUACUGGAGUCUUGCACCUCUACGCAGAGCUUGAAACUUCUCCAUAUCAGACGUUCGAAGUAUGGUUUUGAAACAUUGCUCCGAGACAACAUGAUUCAAUGGACCGUGAAGGGGGUUGUUGAGCCCGUGGGGCCGGAGAAUCACUCGGCGCAAGCCAUCGCAAAUUUUGAGCUGUUCGACUUCGUCCGGUGGGCUUUCUGUUCCAGAGGUUUAUCAAAGCUCCAGAUCUUGGCGUUUGGAGACUUUUCCUAUGAUGGCCGCUUCGAGGACAAGCGCCUUUUGUUCUGCAGGCAGCGUAUGGGUUCACCCCAUGGAUUUCGGCUGGCAUCAAGGGAGAACGUGAUCAGUCUGGGCGGCAUCCCAAGUGCGCAACUAGGAGAGACGCAGUUCUCCAAAGGUCAUGCCGAGCUCAAGACGCGCGCUCGAGAGCGAGAUGAGGACAACCUAAAGCUCAAAGCGGAGAAUGAAGCACUCGGACUCCAUGAACAGGACUUGCAACUCGCGUUGCAAGAAAAGGUCAAUGAGCUACGCAAAGCCUGCGAAAUGAUCGAUCACAGUGGGCAAAGCUUCCAGAAAGUGAAGAAUAUUCUGAAGAAGCGAGUGGAAGCUGACAAAGAGUUUCAGGAAGCGAUUGAGCGACUCGAGCUUGGAGAACGUGGCCGAGCCUGCACCAAUCGCGCCGUCCCCGCACCAAUCGCGCCGUCCCCGCGAACAGAAGUUGUCGCCCAGGUCCAAGCAAAGAUCCAGACAUUAGAAGGAAGAAUCAGAGACCAGGACGCACAAAUCACAGCCGCGGUGAAUAGGGACUGGACAGCUGUGCAGCCGCACCUGGAUAAAGUUCUAAGGGAGACCAAUGUUGUUCUGGUCCAGCAGCGAGACGUGCUUAUGAAGGAUCUGGACCAAGCCCAUAGAAAGAACGAUGAUCUACAAAAGCUGACACAGGGUCUCAUGGAAAAGCAAGAAGACUCAGAGUCAUCUAAUGUUGCAAAACUGGAAAAGGAGCAGCAAGAGCUUGUUCAGCUCCGAGUGAGGGUGUCGGCAUUGGGAAAAGCAGCCGAGCAGGCUGAUAUCCAGAGGAAGCGACUCGAACACGUCCGAAGGGCGGAGAACCGGGGAAGGGAAUUAAAGUUCGAGCCUGGAAACGACAAGCUCCGAGCCAAGGCUAAAGCUCUCGAGCUUACAUGUAACGACAUGAAACCUAAGAUCGCGAAGCUACAAGCGGUAGUACAGAGAGCUCGACGGACACGCGAGGCUUUUGUGCACCGCUGGGACGAGAUCAAGCGUCUCACCUACUCUACCCACAAGGAGCAGCAGCUACUUGCAGCAUUAGCAGAAAUCGUGAACGAGGAACUUUUGGAGUGA